GAACGGCCCUAAAACGAAUUCUAGAAUCUUCACAUGGUUUCUUUCUGGUUCCUCUCUUGAAUUUCCAGUCAUCAUCCAUGCACCGGAUAAGAGUCGUUCCAUGCUCCCUCAAAACUAAGGCCCAGUGACCCUGUUGACCUCACCCCCACAAAACACACGUGUGUUCGGGUGUGUUAGACAGCUUUUCUCUAUUCUGUCGUGUCGGUUAUUGCGCUAAUUAUUGUUUAUAAAGAUGGCAAAAUGGGGAGAAGGGGACCCGCGUUGGAUAGUUGAGGAAAGGCCAGAUGCUACAAAUGUUAACAACUGGCAUUGGACCGAAAAAAAUGCCUGUCAAUGGUCCAAGGAUAAGUUGAAAGAAUUGUUCACCGAUUUUAAAAUUGAAACAACCGUUGGGACUUGCAAGAUAACGGAGUUAGAAAAAUGUGAAGGAGAUGCGUCUGCAAAUAAUAGGAAGGCAAAAAUUAUAAUUUUCUUUGAGUGGGAAUUGCGACUUAAAUGGAAGGCUAAACUUAAUAACGAAUCAAGUGAAACUAUCUCAGGAACUGUAGAAAUCCCAAAUCUAAGUGAUGAAAAUGGUAUCAACGAUCUAGAUAUUCAAUUUUUGACAGAGUCUAAGCUCGCAGAUGCUGAACUUCUUAAAAAAGCCCUUCGAAUUGAUGGCACAAAGCAAAUUCAAGCCCUAUUAGAGAAAUAUGUUGAAGCUCUUCAGCAAGAAUUUACGCAAGGAAUGAUUCUGCCCAAGAAGGAAUCCGGCACUAGUUCCACUAAUUCAUGCAUGUCUAAUCUUACUUUGGAAGACUCGUCCACACCUAGUGUCCCAAAAAAUGGAGUCAAAACAGAAAGGAAAUCAACAGAACCAGUGAAAUUAAAUUUAACUGAUCUAAAAACGUCUUCAACAAUGAAAUGUGCUGCCCAGGACGUUUACAAUGCUCUUACGCGACCUGAGAUGUUUGCCGCUUUUACGAAUGGUUCAGGACGAAUGGAGCCCAAAGUUGGUGGAACCUUCGAAAUGUUUGGAGGAAACGUGCAUGGAAAGAUAUUAGAGCUCGAAGAACCCAAUAAAAUUGUGCAGGACUGGCGAUUUAAAUCUUGGCCAGAUGGGAUUUUCUCUCGUGUAACUUUUACAAUUACACAAAAAUCAGACUCAACCGAAAUCACCGUUCGACAAAAGGGAGUUCCCGAAUCUGAUCUAGAACGAACUAAAGAAGGAUGGGAUAAGUAUUACUGGGAUGCGAUGAAGCGGACCUUUGGCUUUGGAUCCAUGAUGUUAUGAAAACUGUUUCCUUCUAAGAAAUCUAAACUUUUGUACACUCAUGAUUUCCAAAAUCAUUUGAUAUUCAACUCUAUUAUAUACUAACCUUACACUCCACUUCAAUGAGUUCCAAGCUUGACCCGGUUGAGAUGUAGCUUUCUUUGAUUCAAACAUGGCUUUAGUGUACACACUCAGGAUUAGUAAGAGUAUUUACUUUACAUAAUUAUUCAUGCAUAUAUAAUAACUAUCCCUCAUAAAUAUAUGCCAUGUACUUAUGUGAGUCAAUCGGUUGAUAAAUUGUGUAGGUCGACAAAUUGGUCUUUGAAAUAAAUAUCACAAAACCUAAA